AUGCAUCUCAAGUCGCUUUUCGUCAAGGCCUGUCUCCCAUGGCUGCUUUGCGCCAGUGAGCUGCGUCCGCGAGGCGUUGUCUGCAGCUUCUCUACCCCUGCCAGCAAUGGAGAUACUUGCGACUCCUUCUGCAAGAGCUGGGGCCUCGACAUGGCCAAAUUAAAGUCGUUGAACCCAGGGAUCCAGUGCCCCGACCUCGUGGUUGGCCAAAACUACUGUGUUAUAGGCAGCGUGUCGACAGAACCAGACACCACGACCCAAUCCUCCACCUCGGGCAGGACAACCACAACCAAAUCGACGUCGACACUGACCACUUCGUCGUCUCAAAACUCCCCUACGCAGCCUGGAUUGGCGCCUAACUGCGACAAGUUUUAUCGUGUGUCAGAGGGCGACCAGUGCGAUAGUAUCGAGGCUAAAUUUGGCCUCAGCUCGGCUCAGUUUUAUGCUUGGAACCCUUCCGUCAACACCCAAUGUACCAACCUCUGGCUCGGCUACUAUUAUUGCGUUGGUGUUCCUGGUGCGGUCACGACGCCACCGACACCAACACCCACGAAGCCGGCAAAUGGCAUUGAGACUCCUCAGCCCACGCAGCCAAACAUGGUCUCUUAUUGUAGUCGAUUCAAGUGGGUGAACAGCGGCGAUACAUGUGCCAACAUUGCGGCCCAGAACGACAUUUCUCUAGCUGAUUUCAUGAAAUGGAAUCCAGAUGUGGGCAAUAACUGCCAGGGGCUGUGGGCAAAUGCAUACGCCUGCGUCGGGGUGGUGGGCUUCACCCUUUCCACCUACUACUAUAUCGAUUGUACUGGUGACGUACACAAUACCCAAAGCGUUCAGAUGCACGAGGAUGGUGCGUGUAUCAACACGGACUGCCGGGUAGGGUCUGUCAAGGCGAUCCCACAGGGUAUCUGCCCAGACGGCCAAAUACAAAUCAGUUACUGGGAGCAGCCGGGCUGCACUGGCAAGUGGUUCGGCUAUGGAUAUACCAGCAGAGACACAUGUCGUAAGAUGUGGACCGAAGGCUGGAAGUUCAAGUCGCUACAUGUAAGGUGUGCCAGCGAAAAGGACGACUGUGUGAGCAAAGGCACCUGUACGUUUGACCCGGAGCCAGCCAAUAAUGUAUGCUAG